AUGCCUCCACGACAAGACCCAUCUAACGAACAAUUGGCUCAAGCCGUGGCUCAGCUGGCCCAGUUGGUGGCACAACAAGCUGCUGCAACUGCCGCCAACAAUGCUGCUCAAGCUCAGCGAGAGGCUGAAGAGCAUACUCGGAGGGCUCAGCAACAAGCUCGGGAGCUAGCUCAAGCUCAGACUAGGGGGUUGAAUGACUUCAAACGCCAGGACCCGCCGAGGUUCAAUGGUGAGUCGGAUCCGGAAAAGGCUGACCUUUGGAUCCAGGAACUUGAGAAAAUCUUUGGAGUGCUGCAGACCCCUGAUGACACUAAGGUGGUGCUAGCUACGUACACGCUGCUGGGUGACGCCGAGUACUGGUGGAGGAGCGCCAGGCAGAUAUUGGAAGCAAGCAACACGGUGGUCACUUGGGAUACCUUCAAGAGGGCAUUCCUUGACAAGUACUUCCCUGAGACUGCAAGGGAAGAGAAAGAAACCCAAUUCCUGAAGCUCCACCAAGGAGGCAUGUCUGUUGGAGAAUAUGCCGCCAAGAUGGAGGCACUGUCAAAACAUUUCCGAUUCUUUCAGCUGCAGGUGGACGAGCCCUAUCUGUGCAACCGUUUUAUGAUGGGGCUACGCUACGACCUUGAGGAAGCUGUUAGACCUCUGGGCAUUCGGCAAUUCCAAGUGCUAGUCGAGAAGGCCCGAGAAGUUGAGGCUAUGAAGAACCGCCGAGGGAGUAGGCAAGGAAGGGGUGGACCAAUCAGGCCAAGCCAUCAAGAUUAUGAGGGGCUUGGUAAAGGGAAACAACCUCAGAAGAAGCCUUAUGACUACCAGCGAGGCAACAAUCGAGUUAUGGGUCAGAACACACCCAAUGAGACAACCCAUGAAGGUCAAGGUAACCAAGCCCAAGGGAAGGACGUGACUUGCUUCAAGUGCGGAAAAGUGGGUCACUAUGCUAAUGUCUACAAGGAAGACCCUAGUGUGUGCUCUAACUGCAAUAAGCCAGGACACGUGGCAAGGGAUUGCAAGGCACCAAAGGUUGAAGCGGGAGCAACCUUGAAUGCUGCAGGAGGAAGGCGUCCAGUAACAGCAGGACGAGUGUACACCCUGAACGCUGACGAAGUUGAGAACACCAGGGAGCUAGCUCGGGAAUAG